GCCCCCGGCGCGCCUUCCCGGCCCGGAGGCUCGGCGCGGUCGGGGCCGGGCACAGUGACACGCCCCGGCCCGCCGCGUCCCCCGCAGCCGGCUCCCGAAGAUGGCGGCCCUCAGACUCCUCUCCCCCAGGAUGCGGCUCUGCGCCUCCGCCCGCGGCUCCUGGUGCAAGGGAUGUGUUUGCUACUUUUCUACCAGUCCUCGUCACCAUACCAAAUUUUAUACAGAUCCAGUGGAAGCUGUAAAAGACAUUCCCAAUGAUGCAACGAUUCUGGUUGGUGGUUUUGGGCUAUGUGGAAUUCCAGAGAAUCUUAUAGGAGCUUUACUAAAGACUGGAGUAAAAGGACUAACUGCAGUCAGCAACAAUGCAGGGGUUGACAACUUUGGCUUGGGCCUUUUACUUCGAUCCAAGCAGAUAAAACGUAUGGUCUCUUCGUAUGUGGGAGAAAAUGCAGAAUUUGAACGACAGUACUUAUCUGGUGAAUUAGAAGUAGAGCUGACACCUCAGGGCACGCUUGCUGAGAGGAUCCGUGCAGGCGGGGCUGGAGUUCCUGCAUUUUACACCAGCACAGGGUAUGGGACCCUGGUACAAGAAGGAGGAUCACCCAUUAAAUACAACAAAGAUGGCAGUAUUGCCAUUGCCAGUAAGCCAAGAGAGGUGAGGGAGUUCAAUGGUCAGCACUUUAUUUUAGAGGAAGCAAUUACUGGAGAUUUUGCUUUGGUGAAAGCCUGGAAGGCAGACCGAGCAGGAAAUGUGAUUUUCAGGAAAAGCGCGAGGAAUUUCAACUUGCCAAUGUGCAAAGCUGCGACAACAACAGUGGUGGAGGUUGAAGAAAUUGUGGAUAUUGGCUCAUUUGCUCCAGAAGACAUUCAUAUUCCUCAGAUUUAUGUACAUCGCCUUAUAAAGGGAGAAAAAUAUGAGAAAAGAAUUGAGCGUUUAUCAAUCCGGAAAGAAGAAGAUGGAAAAGCUAAAUCUGGGAAACCUGGAGACGAUGUAAGGGAACGUAUCAUCAAGCGGGCAGCUCUUGAGUUUGAGGACGGCAUGUAUGCUAAUUUGGGCAUAGGAAUCCCUCUUCUGGCCAGCAACUUUAUUAGCCCAAAUAUGACUGUUCAUCUUCAAAGUGAGAAUGGAGUCCUGGGUUUGGGUCCAUACCCAUUACAACAUGAAGCUGAUGCAGAUCUAAUUAAUGCAGGCAAGGAAACAGUUACUGUUCUUCCAGGAGCCUCUUUUUUCUCCAGUGAUGAAUCAUUUGCAAUGAUUAGAGGGGGACAUGUCAAUCUAACAAUGCUAGGAGCAAUGCAGGUCUCCAAAUACGGUGACCUGGCUAACUGGAUGAUUCCUGGGAAGAUGGUGAAAGGAAUGGGUGGUGCUAUGGAUUUAGUGUCCAGUCCCAAAACCAAAGUGGUGGUCACCAUGGAGCAUUCAGCAAAGGGAAAUGCACAUAAAAUCAUGGAGAAAUGUACAUUACCACUGACUGGAAAGCAGUGUGUCAACCGCAUUAUUACUGAAAAGGCUGUGUUUGAUGUGGAUAAGAAGAAAGGGCUAACUCUGAUUGAGCUCUGGGAAGGCCUGACAGUGGAAGACGUACAGAAGAGUACUGGGUGUGAUUUUGCAGUUUCACCAAAACUCAUGCCAAUGAAGCAGAUCACAAACUGAAAUGUGGACAUUUGUCCCAAGCUGCAUAUUAUUCAUUUUAAAUACAUAGGAUUUAUGUGAAAGGACAUUGGUAAUCAUAAUUGUAUAUUUAACAAGCAGUAUUCGGUUAGUUUUCUUCUAGUAUUUCAGGCUUUGUGCAGCCAUAUAGACUUUGUUCUCUCAGGUGUGCUAUGACAGUUUGGUGAAAAACAAAAGGAAAGUAUUUAUGAUUAUCUUACUAGUUUUUUAAGUGCUAAAAAGGUUAUUUUUACAGUUGGUGCUCACAUUAGAUGUAUCUUUGCCUAAUGUGGUAUGUAUGCUAAAUCAUGCACAGUUUUCACCAAGAUGGGCCCUAGAAAGAGUUACUGGCAUGCUUUCACUCAUAACUAAAUUAUGACUUACUAGUCCUGAAAGAAAGAUAAUGUAUAUGUGAAUUUGUGAUUAGGAGAAAUGCUAUCAUAAUGAUUGUUUUUCCUUCAAGCUCUUCUGACUUUCCUUUUGUGGCUUCUGAUUUUGUGGUUAUAUCUGCUCCAGGGAGCAUCCCGCUUGCUCCUUGUACUUUUUGUAACUAAAUAGAUGGCCAAGAAUGCAAGCAGGGAUUUCUCUGGGGGGAGAAGUAACGGGUUCUUGGGAGAGACCAAAAGAGUAUAGGAUCUAUUGGUGCUGACAUCCCACCAAGAAGUUGCCUUUAUAAAAAACCAACGAUCCAUCUGUGCUUUGCCAAAGACUAAAGCUUAUUCUAGGAAUAGGGCUAGAAACCUAACUGAUCUACUCAGUUUUCUUGUUUUAAAACAAUGCAGUAUUCCUUUGUAUAGACAAGGGUCCUUAAGAUUAUUUCUCUAUGUUACUGAGGCUUAGUUGGCUACUUGUACAGUACCUCCUCUUAAGCCAAGGUCUGUGGGGUAAUUUAUCAUGAAUCCUCAGUCACAAUGACAGCAGAUUUAAAAAAUGAAAUCAAAUAAAAGAUACUUUCUUUUCAGCCUCUCAUUUCUGCUCAGAGUAGAUUUUAAAUAUUGAAUGACUUUUUCUAUAGAAUAGUGGCUUUUCUUCUGCCAAGGCUACUUCUUUUUAAAAAAGUACUUUUAAUUCAGCCUUAUUUAAAUAGGGGAAAUAAUAACGGGCAAGUCCAAAAUUUGAAGAGUCAGUGAACUUUCAGUGUUGGAGAAUAAACAUGGUGGAUUAGGUUUGUAAGAAACUUUUCCCUAGAGGUAUCCUCAAUACCCGACUGUUGCCCAGGGAGACUGCUUCAGAAGCACCCUGGGUAUCAAAUGGGAAAAGAUUCUAGGCACCCUGAAAACAGGCCAGACAGCUGGCCUCUGGAUGGAGGUAAGCAUAGUAAAGUGGAGUAUAUCAUUCCUCCGACACUAAGGAUAGGAAUUUACGCAUUAUGAUGGUGGUCAUUGAAACUCACUCCUCUUUAGAUACAGCUGCAGUUGUGUCAUGUAUUACAAUAUUAGAGGGAGGAAAGAGGCUUUUUCUGAGUAACCCACUCCGUAUGUAAAAUAGCCUUUCUGGCUGGCUCCAGGGUUGGAAGCAUCCUCUCCUAGUACUGGUAAACAGGAUCCUUCUUAGAAUGUACCAGGUCCAUGAGUGUAAUCUAUGUCUAUUUUAGGGUUGUGAUUUUGAAAAAAGUUAUAUUGUUGAUGAUUGCUCUAUCUUCAAACAUGCUUGUCAUUCCAGUCUGUUUCUUUAAGAUAUGAUUCUGAGAAUGUUCUAAACCUUCAGUGGCAAAACCUAAGUAGAUGACUUUAUAUUCUUGAUUGAAGAGUGCCAUGAAUGUUAAGAAAUUUAUUAAGAAAUAUAAUAAAUAGUCUAAAUCAAUAUA